CUCUAAUGUUUGGAAUGGUCUUUGUUUGGGAUCUUGAAGCAUUAUAGUACUGUAUCUUCAUUCCUAAUGAUAGCGCUGAAAUUCCUACAGUUUUCUGUUUCAGUCAUGGUUAGAUUUACCCUGUCAAGUAUCUUGUAAUUAGCAUGUGAUUUGCCUGCUUUGUUUCCUUCUGGCGUUUUUGUGGAGGAGAAAAAUGUCUUGCUGUGUUUGUGCAAAAGAAAGUAAAGCCUGGCUGUUAUCUGUUGGUGUAUCUUGGCGUUUGCCAUGUUGUUAUUUGGGACUUGAGUAAAUUUGGGACUCAGUUGAAUUGUUUUUGCUUGUUCAGUUUAUUUCUCUUUUUCUAUCAUUAUGAUAUAGACAAUUAAAGUAGGUGUGAUUCUUUUUUAAUGAAGUUUAGUAAUUUCUGGUUUGCACUUGCAUAGCACUUACAGUCUGGUGUCUGUACCAAAGGGCAGCUCUGUGUUGCUGCUCAAAUGUUGCUCUGGUGGAAGUUUAUAUAGAGAGUUUGACAUAUGCCCUUGUGAGCUUUUGAUAAUAAUUUUAUCUGUGGUUGAUUGUGUGCAGGUGACUAUACUUAAGUAAAGGACCAGUUGGGUUUAAUUCUAUUUAGAUAGAUGCAGCUGUUACCUGACAUCAGGUUAUUGGAACUGUAGGUGAAGUAAACCAAUUACUUCUGAUUUCAGUGGAGGAUUAGUUAUUUUAUUCCAUUUCUCGAAUGGGAAGAGCUCAGGUUGCACAAGUGUAUAGAUAGAGCAUUUCAGAACUACUUAAAUAUUUGGUUAAUUUUCUUACAACAGAUCCCCAGAAAAGUGUGGAAGAUGAAAUUGAAUCCAUUCUGCAGGAGCGAAUAAUGGUUUUGGAUGGAGGCAUGGGGACCAUGAUUCAGCAACGUGCCCUGUCAGAAGAGGAUUUCCGAGGGCAUGAAUUUAAAGAUCAUUCCAGGCCUUUAAAAGGCAAUAAUGACCUUCUUAGUAUAACUCAACCUGAUAUAAUCUGUGACAUACACAAGGAAUACUUGCUGUCAGGCGCUGACAUCAUUGAAACUAACACUUUCAGCAGCACCCGAGUUGCACAGGCUGACUAUGGCCUUGAGUAUUUGGCAUAUCGGUUAAACAGAGUCUCUGCACAGGUAGCCAGAAAAGCAGCAGACACUGUAACUGCUCAGACAGGAAUUAGGAGAUAUGUUGCUGGAGCCAUGGGUCCAACAAACAGGACACUCUCCGUGUCACCAUCUGUGGAGAGACCAGAUUACAGGAACAUAACUUUUGAUGAACUGGUGGAAGCCUAUAAGGAACAAGCCAAAGGACUUUUGGAUGGAGGAGUUGAUAUCUUGUUAGUGGAAACCAUAUUUGAUACCGCCAAUGCUAAGGCAGCUCUUUUUGCACUCCAGAUGUUGUUUGAAGAAGAAUAUGCUCCCCGACCCAUAUUUGUUUCUGGAACCAUUGUGGAUAAGAGUGGGCGUACCCUCUCAGGCCAGACAGGAGAGGCAUUUGUCAUUAGUGUUUCCCACAGUAAGCCACUUUGGUCUCCCCAAUACUUUUGGUGGUUAUGAUGAAACUCCAGAAGUGACUGCCAAGCAUAUAAAGACUUUUGCUUUGGAUGGUUUGGUCAACAUAGUUGGAGGUUGCUGUGGUACUACACCAGCACAUAUCAGGAAAAUUGCUGAAGCUGUGAAAUUCUGUAAGCCUCGUGUUCCACCUUCUCUCUCUCAAGGAUACAUGCUGCUGUCAGGUCUGGAGCCAUUCAGGAUUGGGCCAUACACCAACUUUGUUAAUAUUGGCGAACGCUGCAAUGUUGCAGGAUCACGGAAGUUUGCUAAACUCAUCAUGGCAGGCAACUAUGAAGAAGCCCUAGGUGUAGCCAAAAUGCAAGUUGAGAUGGGGGCCCAGAUUCUUGACAUCAAUAUGGAUGAUGGGAUGCUGGAUGGCCCUGCUGCAAUGACCAGAUUUUGUAACUUGAUUUCUUCAGAACCUGAUAUUGCAAAGGUGCCGUUGUGCAUUGACUCCUCGAAUUUUUCAGUGAUUGAAGCAGGUUUGAAGUGUUGCCAAGGGAAAUGCAUUGUAAAUAGCAUCAGCCUGAAGGAAGGUGAGGAAGACUUUUUGGAGAAAGCAAGGAAAAUUAAAUUAUAUGGAGCAGCUGUGGUUGUUAUGGCUUUUGAUGAAGUGGGGCAGGCAACAGAAACAGAAACCAAGAUUGCAAUCUGUUCCAGAGCUUAUCAUCUCCUUGUGGAAAAAGUGCACUUCAAUCCAAAUGAUAUAAUAUUUGAUCCUAAUAUCUUGACCAUAGGAACUGGAAUGGAAGAACAUAACCUUUAUGCCAUAAAUUUCAUCAAUGCUACUAAAACCAUAAAAGAAACACUGCCAGGAGCCAGGAUAAGUGGAGGUCUUUCCAAUCUGUCUUUCUCCUUUCGUGGAAUGGAUGCCAUUCGAGAAGCAAUGCAUGGAGUGUUCCUUUACCACGCAAUUAAGUAUGGCAUGGACAUGGGAAUUGUGAAUGCUGGGAGUCUGCCGGUGUAUGAUGAUAUCCACAAGGAAUUACUACAACUGUGUGAGAAUCUAAUCUGGAACAAAGAUCCUGAUGCAACAGAGAAACUUUUACACUAUGCUCAGAAUCACGCCCAAGGAGGAAAGAAAGUUGUACAGACUGAUGAGUGGCGUAAAAGCUCUGUGGAGGAAAGGCUGGAAUACGCUCUCAUAAAGGGCAUUGAGAAGUAUGUCACUGCAGACACAGAAGAAGCAAGAUUAAAUCAGGAAAAAUAUCCUAGACCUCUAAACGUAAUUGAAGGACCUUUGAUGAAUGGCAUGAAAAUUGUUGGUGAUCUUUUUGGUGCAGGGAAGAUGUUUCUGCCUCAGGUGAUAAAGUCUGCUCGAGUUAUGAAGAAAGCAGUUGGCCACCUUAUUCCCUAUAUGGAAAAAGAAAGAGAGGAAAGGAGAGCCAAACGAGGCAGCAUAGAGGAAGAGGAUCCUUAUCAGGGUACAAUAGUAUUAGCAACUGUGAAAGGAGACGUACAUGACAUUGGCAAGAACAUUGUGGGAGUUGUUCUGGGCUGCAACAACUUCAGAGUUAUUGAUUUAGGAGUCAUGACUCCAUGUGAUAAGAUAUUGAGAGCUGCUGUUGAGAACAAAGCAGAUAUAAUUGGCCUGUCUGGUCUCAUCACCCCAUCUUUGGAUGAGAUGAUUUUUGUCGCUAAGGAAAUGGAGAGAUUGGCAAUAAAGAUUCCUUUGCUGAUUGGAGGAGCAACUACUUCUAAAACACACACAGCUGUUAAAAUUGCCCCACGAUAUAGCGCACCUGUAAUUCAUGUCCUGGAUGCAUCCAAGAGUGUUGUGGUUUGCUCCCAGCUCUUAGACAAUAGUGUAAAGGAUGAUUUCUUUGAAGAAAUAUUAGAGGAAUAUGAAGAAAUUAGACAAGAACAUUAUGAGUCUCUCAAGGAAAGAAGAUACUUGUCUCUACAGCAAGCUAGAAGAAAAGGUUUCCAUAAUGACUGGUUAUCAGGCCAUAAACCGGUUAAACCAAAAUUCAUCGGCACAAAAGUCUUUGAAGAUUAUGACCUGAAGAGGCUGGUAGAAUACAUUGACUGGAAGCCCUUCUUUGAUGUCUGGCAGCUUAGGGGAAAAUAUCCCAACCGGAGUUUUCCUAAGAUUUUUAGUGAUAAAACUGUGGGUGAAGAAGCAAGGAGAGUUUAUAACGAUGCGCAAGAUCUACUGAAAACAUUGAUUAAUCAAAAGAAAUUACAAGCCAGAGGUGUGGUCGGGUUCUGGCCAGCUCGAAGUGUUCAGGAUGAUAUCCACUUAUAUGCUGUGGAAGAGGCAGUGGGAUCUUCAGAACCAAUAGCAAAAUUUUAUGGCUUGAGGCAACAGGCUGAAAAGGAUUCUGCCUGCACAGAUCCAUAUUACUGCCUCUCUGACUUCAUAGCACCAAUGGAUUCUGGCAUUCGUGACUACUUAGGCCUGUUUGCUGUGGCCUGCUUUGGUGUAGAUGAGUUAUGCAAUGAAUUUAGGAAACAGGAUGAUGAAUACAACAUCAUAAUGGUAAAGGCUCUCGGCGAUCGGUUGGCAGAGGCAUUUGCUGAGGAGCUCCAUGAAAGGGUUCGAAGGGAAUUCUGGGCUUACAGUAGUACUGAGCAGCUCAAUCUCUCUGACCUACGCAGAAUUAAAUAUGAGGGAAUUCGCCCUGCCCCUGGAUAUCCAAGCCAGCCUGACCAUACAGAAAAACUCACCAUGUGGAAACUUGCAAACAUUGAGGAAACAACAGGAAUUGGUUUAACAGAAUCACUAGCAAUGGUACCUGCUUCUGCAGUUUCUGGCCUCUACUUUUCCAGUCCCAAUUCCAAAUAUUUUGCUGUUGGAAAGAUAUGUAAAGAUCAGGUUGAAGAUUAUGCACUGAGAAAAAAAUUGUCGGUUGCAGAAGUGGAGAAAUGGCUUGGACCCAUUUUGGGAUAUGAUACUGAACAACUCUGAUACUUGUGGGUGAACUUUUUCUUUGUGAUGGUCCAUUUGCCAGAAGGAACAAGAAAAGACUUCCCACUGAAAACAGCUUUCUUCCAUCCAUCCAUCCAUCCAUCCCAAUAGCUUGUCUGAUUAUUUUAAAUUUUUGAUCAAGGAACUUAAUAUUUCAAAUCAAAUCUGCUCUGUGCCCUUGGCUUGAGACCAUGAAUGCAUUUUAGCUCUCUCACUUGUAGCAGCAUCCUUUUAUUUAUUUUUAUUUUUUUGCACAAAGUAGAGAAGCUAUGUGUAGGGUGGAAUGUGGAAAAUGCAAAGCUCUCCUGUCCGCAGGAGAAGGAGAAAUCAGAAGCAAGAAUUUCUAUCCCAUUGGCUGUGGAUAUACGUAGAACAGAAUUUGACUUGUGUUAUUUUAAUGUGUUUGGCAAGUCCAGGGACAGAAAUAUGAUGUGAUUUUUCUGUAAAGUCACAAAAGGUUUUAUACUGACUGAUGAGGAGCAACUGAAGUACAACAGAUCUCCUUUUUUAAAAUCUGUCUGCUCCGUGUUUAGGUCUUGUGAUUGGGAACAUAGGUUGUUCUCGAUGGUGUUUAGAAUAAUACAGUGUGCUGGAUCAAUAUCAGAGGUGCUGUAUUGUGAAAUGGGAUGACUGAGGCCAUGGAGUUGUCUGCUUCAUGCUUCCCCUUCCUUUCAGCAAGUCACAAUCUGUUUCUACUCCGCAUAAAAGGUACUGGUGCUUCCUACCUUCGAGUUAUGUUGUGAGGCUUAAUUCAUACAUGAACAAUCAUUUGUAUGGGAAAAAUAUGAGAAGCAUACUUGUUACUGUAGACAGACAGAAAGCUUGGAGCUGACUUCAGUGUUUUACAAACUCUUUAACCUUCCAGAUACCUGGAUUUUAAAAGCAACUAGUAGUAAUACUGUCAUAUGUAACAGUUAAUAUCAGAGACAUAUUCUUCAGAUUCAACUCUCAGUGAUCUAAUUGUUCAUAGCUUUUAAUAAUCUCUGAAAAGUGCCUCAAGUAUUAUUUAAAUGCUAAUUUAGUAAAAUAUUGUGAAAGAAACCCCUCAUUUUUUCUGGUCUCUAAUUGUAAAUAAAAGACCAAUCUUGUAAAGAGAAUGUUCUUUUUAAUAGUUUAUUGCAAUCUAUGAAUAGCUAUAUAAUUUUUGUAAUGUCUUCAUCUGACUUUAUGCUAAAAGAAUCAUCUUGUAUCAACAGUUUAAUAAAGGUUAAGCUGUCAGUGGUGUUAUCUCAUUAGAAUCCUUUAAAUGCCAACAAUAAAAUGUGCACAAUAA